UGUAUGUGUAUGUGUAUGUGUGUGUGUGUUCUUUAAGAAAUGAAAUGCAGGGAGUGAAUAGAGAACCUGAUUCUCAAUGAAGUGCAGAUCCGUUGCGUGCAUAUGGUCAGGCACGCCUUUCCCUCACAGAGUGACCGCCGUUGCCGCUUUAACUGAACCACCAUCACCAGCCUUUUACACCGCCGGAUCCGAUGGUUCUAUCAUCUGGUGGACCCUUUCCCAUUCAAAUUCAAAUUCCAACUCCACUUCCACCCCGCAAGUUAAAGCGGUGGGGAUGUUGUGUGGUCACGCAGCACCCAUCACUGAUCUUGGAAUCUGUUGUCCCGUCGCAGCUGAAGAAGAAAACGGUUAUCUUUCAAGUAAAAGUAAUUUCAGUGCGUUGAUAAGUGCAUGUUGUGAUGGGUUUUUGUGUGUGUGGAGUAAAAGCAGUGGUCAUUGCCGAUGCAGGAGGAAAUUGCCGCCUUGGGUGGGCACUCCGCGUAUAAUUCGAACUCUGCAUUCAACACCAAGAUAUGUGUGUAUUGCUUGCUCUUCUUUCGUGGACAAUUCUGUCAAUUCCAUUGAAGAAAAUGAAGGCCUAAUGGAUACUAAUGAAACUCUGUCCAGGAAGCCCCCUAAAUGCACUAUCCUUAUUGUGGACACAUAUUCACUUUCCAUUACUCAAACUGUCUUUCAUGGAAAUCUAUCCAUUGGUCCUAUCAAGUUUAUGUCACUUGUAUUAGCAGAUGAUGAUGAUGAUGGAAAGAGGCAUUCGGUGUUUGUGGCUGAUUCAGUUGGGAAGCAGCAGAUGGUUCCGAUACCGGAGGAUCCUCGUGAUUGCGGGGAAAGCUUGACAAGUUCAAACAUGGAUAAAUCUCAGUUGGAAAGUUCUUUAAUAUCUGAGGGAUUGAGUGGUGUUGAACAAAUUAUUUCAGUUUUAACCUACCGGAACUUUGUUGCUUUUAUAUUGAAAAAUCGCUGCAUAUUUAGGUUAUUGUCUGGUGAUACUAAAAUUGGAGAGGUUUCUUUUGUGGACAAUCUCUGCUGUUUGGAUGGGCUUUCUACUCAAGCACAUGUUAUUGGUGGGAUGUUUCUUGAAAGUGAUGAUGUGGGGAAUGAAUGCGGCAACUUGAUUCCAGUACAUUUUGUUGUGUGGAAUAAUAGAGGUUCUGCAAUUAUCUAUAAAAUAUCGUAUCAGAAUGAUGUUUUUCAAUGUGAACCUCAUUAUGAGGUUCCUGCUUCUCAUUAUGAGCCUGAUACGAGGUUAUCUGUUUUUUUCCUACAAGUAAAUCAAUAUCUUGUGUGCAUCAAGUCAGUUUGCUUUCAUUAUGAGGAACCUUUACUAUGGAGACCUCAUGUCACAAUUUGGUCUCUGCAUCAUUUUGAUGAUAAACCUGGUAAAUUGUACCGUCAAUGCAAAAUGAUCAGUUGUGGUAUAUCUUUUACCAACUGGUUUGAGAAGUCUACUCAGCUCAAGGGACUGGAUGGUCUAGAGACUAAAUCAACUUUUGGGGAAAACCCAAGUUCUAAUGAUAUAGACAACAUACAUGUGGAUAGCAUAAGUAAUCAUUAUGCUUACAAGGGGCAGAUGGUUUCUUCUUCCAUGAUUAUCUCUGAGAAUCUCUUUACUCCUUAUGCGGUUGUAUAUGGUUUUUUAAGUGGAGAAAUAGAGGUUGUAAGAUUUGAUCUGUUUCAAGGGAUUUGCUUGGAUGGUGCAAGUUCCAAUCCUAAUGAAAAGUCAACUACGUGCAAACAGUACUUCUCAGGACACACAGGUGCUGUACUUUGUUUAGCAGCCCAUCAAAUGAUGGGUAGUGGCAAAAGCUGUUCUUUUAAACGGGUUUUGUUGUCUGGAAGUACGGAUUGCACUAUUCGUAUAUGGGAUCUUGACUCUGGCAGUCUUAUUAUGGUAAUGCAUCAUCAUGUAGCUGCAGUGCGUCAAAUUAUUCUUCCUCCAUCUUUGAAUGGACAUUCUUGGAGUGACUGCUUCCUUUCAGUUGGAGAGGAUGCAUGUGUUGCUCUUGUUUCUCUUGAGACUCUGCGGGUGGAGAGAAUGUUUCCUGGACACAUGAACUAUCCUUCAAAAGUUGUAUGGGAUGGAGUAAGAGGUUAUAUUGCCUGUCUCUGUCAAAUGCAUUAUGGAACUUCCGAUGCUACUGAUUUACUUUACAUUUGGGAUGUAAAGACAGGUUCCCGCGAGCGAGUCCUACGUGGGACAGCUGCACAUUCAAUGUUUGAUCAUUUUUGUAAAAGCAUCAGCUUGAAUUCUAUAUCUGGCAGAUUGCUGAAUGGAAAUACAUCAGUCUCUUCAUUACUUCUUCCAAUAGUUGAUGAUGCAAGGUUCUCUAACUCCCCCUUAAGUCUCUCAGAGAACUCGCUUUCCUCAUCAAGGUCAUCGCCAAGUAUUUCAAAUAUGAUGGAGCUGGAUUCUUCCAAAACAAAUGCAGGUAAAGGAAAUUUAGCAAAACCAAGUUCAUCCUCUCUGUUUGGUCUCUUAAGUAACAAGCUUCCUGUCAAAUGCUCUUGCCCAUUCCCUGGGGUUGUGUCUCUGAGUUUUGAUCUUGCAUCAUUGAUGUUCUCUUAUCAAAAGAAUGAGUCCAUGGAAAAUGGUGGUGGCAAGCCAGUAAAUAUCAGUUCGAAGCAGCAGGGAGUUCAAGAGCAAAAUCCCAGCAUCCAUAAUCCAGAAUCUUUAGAGGGGCAAGACUGGGUUAGCCUAUUUGAAGAAUAUUUACUUCGAUAUAGCUUGUCAUUUUUACAUUUGUGGGGUGUAGACAGUGAGCUCGAUAAUUUGCUGAUAAGUGACAUGAAGCUGAGGAGACCAGAUAAUUUUAUUGUAGCUUCAGGUCUGCAGGGGGAUAAAGGGUCAAUGACAUUGACAUUUCCUGAUCUGAGUGCUACUCUUGAGCUCUGGAAAUCAUCAUCUGAGUUUUGUGCAAUGAGGUCAUUGACGAUGGUAUCCCUUGCCCAACGUUUAAUUAGCUUGUCUCACUCUGGUUCAGCAGCCAGCAGUGCUUUAGCAGCAUUCUAUACCCGGAAUUUCAUGGAAAGUUUUCCAGAUAUGAAGCCACCUUCAUUACAGCUCUUGGUGGCAUUUUGGCAAGAUGAAAGUGAACAUGUACGUAUGGCCGCACGCUCUAUAUUUCAUUGUGCCGCCUCUCAUGCUAUUCCACUACCUCUAUGCAACUCAAAACCUAUUGAGCCAACUAAUACAAUUCCACAAACUGGAAGCAGAGACAAACAUCUGAGAGAUACGGCAGUAGAAAGCAUAUCUCCUAUGGCAGAAAAUCAAGGAAUUUCCCAAGAUGAGGAAUCCAGGAUACUUGCUUGGCUAGAAUCAUUUGAAGUACAAGAUUGGAUUUCUUGUGUUGGUGGAACAAGUCAGGAUGCGAUGACAUCUCACAUUAUUGUUGCUGCUGCACUCGCUAUCUGGUACCCUAGUCUUGUAAAACCAAGUCUUGCCACUCUGGUUGUUCAUCCAUUAAUGAAGUUAGCUAUGGCCAUGAAUGAGAAGUACAGCUCCACUGCUGCCGAGCUCCUUGCAGAGGGCAUGGAGAGUACAUGGAAAAAAUGCAUUGUUUCAGAGAUACCUCAUCUGAUUGGGGAUAUUUUUUUCCAAGUAGAGUUGAGUGGCCCAUCUUCCAAGUCAAUGACAGAAAUUUCAGCUUCAUCAUUUUCUAUUAAACAGACUUUGGUUGAGGUUCUUCUACCAAGUUUAGCUAUGGCUGAUAUACCAGGUUUUUUGACUGUGAUCGAAAGCCAAAUUUGGUCUACUGCAUCUGAUUCACCUAUCCACAUGGUGUCCUUGUUGACUCUUAUAAGGAUUAUGCGUGGUUCUCCAAGAAAUUUGGCUCAGUAUCUCGACAAGGUGGUCAACUUCAUUUUACAGACUAUAGAUCCUAGCAACUCAGUUAUGCGGAAAGCAUGUUUCCAGAGUUCAAUGACAACUUUCAAGGAAGUUGUACGUGUAUAUCCUAUGGUUGCUGUCAAUGAAUCAUGGACCAGACUGGCAGUUGGAGAUGUGAUUGGAGAAAUUAACAACGCAAGCAUUAGGGUUUAUGAUAUGCAAAGUGUGACAAUGAUAAAGGUUUUGGAUGCAAGUGGACCUCCUGGACUUCCUAGUCUGCUCACAGCAGCAGCAUCGGGAACAAUGUUAACUACGGCAAUUUCAGCGCUGAGCUUUUCACCAAAUGGAGAGGGGCUGGUUGCUUUUUCUGAACAUGGGCUAAUGAUUAGAUGGUGGUCACUGGGAUCCUUCUGGUGGGAGAAACUGAGCCGGAACUUUGUUCCUGUCCAGUGCACCAAACUAAUCUUUGUUCCUCCUUGGGAGGGAUUCUCACCUAAUACAUCCAGGUCAAGCAUAAUGGCCAACAUUUUUGAAAAUGACAGGCAGUUGAACUUUCAGGAUAAUGGUAUGGAUUCAAAUAAUGGGGACAGUUUGAAACAAUUGCUUCAUAAUCUGGACCUCUCUUAUCGACUGGAAUGGGUUGGUGAACGGAAAGUUCUUCUUACAAGGCAUGGUCAUGAAUUGGGCACUUUUCAGUUAUAAGCAUCAACUAGUGCUGAAUCUUUAAAAUUCUUGCUGGAAAAUUUCAUUGAUUUAACAAUUUUAGUUGAGGCUGUAUCAUGAAACGACCCUUUAGCAUGUAUAGCAGGUCAUACUAGCAGCAGAAGAUUUUUAAUCUGGUCAUACUAGCAUACUAGUUGAGGAAGGUAUUCAUUGGAGCGCUUACAGUUCGAACCGCCUUCGCGAGGAUUUAUAGAGAUCAGCACAGAUGGAUUUCUCUUCGGGAAGUCCUUUAAAAAGGAAUGUUUUGGUUGGUACCAAGAGCCAAUUGGAUGGUCUUUGUACGACACAAAAUAAAUUUGGCUAUAUUUUUGGUAAAAUAGUGAGAAAAAGUAGAACAAGGGGGCCUUACAGUAUAGGAACUGUUAGCAACUUAUUUAUCGUUGGGGACCAAAUAAUCACAAAAUUGUCCACUCUGAUUGAUUAUUUGGUGACAAUCUAUGAAUAAGUUAAAUAGUUUCUGAAGUCUACAAAGAAUAAUAGGGAAAGAGUAGUCCAAGUAAGCAAGUAGAGAGGAUUGUGUAGUUUUUUUAUUUUAUUUUUUAUUUUUUAUUUUUUAUUUAUAAAUAUUUCGUUGGAGAUAAUU